AUGACGGAAGCUCACUGCAGUCUGGUUCGGUCAAUUCUUGGGUUCAGGGAACAAAAAUUACCCUUUACUUAUUUGGGAGUACUUUUGUUCAGAGGCAGGGCAACUUGUGCUUUGUUUGAUGGACUAUUGUCUAAGAUGCGGCACAGUUUAUUUCAUUGGAGCUCGAAGAUGCUGUCAAUGGGCGGUAAAAUAUUCCUUAAACAUCAUGUCCCGUGCUCUCUCCCCAUCUAUUGGUUACAGGUCCUUUCCCCGCCAAGAGCUGUGGUUGCAUCGUUGGGUAAAAUCUGCAACGCCUUUCUCUGCGAUAACUCCAUUGAGACGAGACGGAUUCACUGGACUGCUUGGGAGAAGGUAUGUUACCCGGUGGGGGAGGCAGGAUUGGGAUUCUGCUCAUUUGAAGUUGUGGUCGACGUUUUUUCGUGUAAAUUAUGGUGGUACCUGAGGGAGAACAAGACAAUUUGGGCGACAUAUAUGCAUAGUAAAUAUAUCAAAAGCAACCAUCCUUCUCUGGUGGCUGUAGACUGUCCAUCUGCCAUAUGGCACCGCUUAGCGAAAAUCCGGGAUCUGGCUGAGGGGAAUAUUAGGUGGUCCCUAGGCGAGGGACUCGUCGAUUUUUGGCAUGAUAGGUGGUGCACGGAUGUCCCUCUGGCUGCUUUGGUUCCAGGCUCGGCCCGUCCCCAUAUGCUCGUAGAAGAGUUCUAUAGAACUAGUGAUUGGGACAAGCACCGUCUUCGGCAGCUCCUUCCUGGCCACAUUGUGGCACAAAUUCUAAAGCUCAGGAUUUUCCCUGGUCUCAAAGAUAUGAUGGUGUGGGGUGUUUCUUCGAUGGGCAAGUUUUCGGUAGCGUCAUCAUGGGCCCAUGUGCGUUGUAAAAGGGCACUAUUCUCUGUCUACACAUUGAUCUGGAGCUCAGUGGUUCCACUCAAGGUUUCCUUUUUCACAUGGCGUUUGUUACACAGAUGGGUGCCUCUGGAUCGUCACCUCUAG